UAGUGUUCGUGAUGCUGUUCAACAGAGGUUCCAAUCUCCAGAUAGCAGGUUUUGCUUUGUCUACCAUAGCAUGGGUUCUUUGCAUCACCUCCAUGGGCCUCCCACAGUGGCGAGUAUGGUACUUGAAGGAACCCAAGAUCUCUUACCCUAGUGUGGCCUUUGUGGGAGUGUGGAAAGUCUGCAUCUACCACCAUGAUGACCUCAACAAUAUUAGAAUGUGUCACCGAUACAGCUACAGCGACACAUUCAUCCCUUUGGAAAUCCGUGUUUCUCAACACCUGAUGCUAAUCACCAGCAUUUUCUGGCUGGUUGGAAAAGUUGCCACUGUUGUUGCUCUUAGAGAUGUGUACAUUGGAAGAAAAGAGCAGAAUGUCACCUACAAUACUUUUGGCCUCGCAGCGAUUCUAAACAUCAUUGCCAGUAGUUUUGUCUUCCUUUCUGUCACAUGCAAUUAUUUCCCCAUCAUAAACAAGGAAGGGAUCACCUUUCCAACAAAUUUCCAUAUGCCCUUUUACCCACAUACUCAGAAAGUUGGCAUAGCCAUGGUAGUGGCACUCAUAGCAGCCAUCCUGUUUUUGUGCAGUGGUUUGAUUUUCAUUUCUUAUUCAUUUCCUUUAAGCACCCAAGUCUUUCCUAAGUUCUGAAAAUGAAUUUACUCCACCUCAAAAAAUGCCAAAUUCCCUGUGGUUAUAAUGAGGACUUUUGAAGUGUCUAUGUAAAGUUUCCAAAGACUUAACCCAGCCCAAGUAGCCUGUGACAGAAAAUGGCCAAAUGCCUCCUCCUUAAUCUUUUCUGUCUUGU